AUGAAAUUGGACAAGGAUAGCUCAGGGACGAUAUCCAAGGAGGAGUUUCUAUCGAUACCCGGCAUAGGCUCGAACCCACUGGGCUCUAGGAUGAUUGAGAUCUUUGACAAGGACAAUUCUGGCGACAUCGAUUUCAAAGAGUUCAUCACGGGACUCAGCAUCUUUUCAACAAGGGGCCAGAAGGAGGACAAACUCAAAUUCGCCUUUGAGAUUUACGACAUGGACAAGGACGGGUACAUCUCGAAUGGUGAGCUAUUUUUGGUGUUGAAGAAGAUGGUUGGUAACAACCUCGAUGACGAUCAACUGCAACAGAUCGUGGACAGGACGAUCAUGGAGAAUGAUCAAGACGGUGAUUCCAAGCUAAGUUUUGUAGAGUUCAAGCACGCUGUCGAGGAUACUGAAAUCGCCCAGAGCAUGACCUUGGAGAACUUUUAG